UUUUAAGAAAUUUAAUAUAUGUGGGUGUGAAAAUUUGAACACAAAACCUCCACAGCAUGGAAGAGAGUCCGUACCACUAGGCCACACUACUUAGUUGAUUCAAUCUAACUCGUAAUGAAGAACCUGUCACUGAACACAGACAAGCCCGCCUCCUGAAUUCUCUCUCCAUUUCUCUAUAAGUAUCUCAUAAGUUGUCACUAGCCACUUCAAAAUACACCUUUCACUACUCUGAAAACAUUUUCUUGAAAAUUUCGCAACAAAAGUCCUACAAAAUGCCACCAGUACACUCUAGCCCAUAUUUCCACAUGGAUAAUCCAGCCAUACUAUCUUUACUCCGCCAAACAACCACAGAGAAGCGAUCAAAAUCCAGUAGUUCCGGUGGCCUUUUCAAGAUAUUCAAGCUCUUCCCUAUGCUAACAUCAGGUUGCAAAAUGGUCGCACUUCUCGGCAGACCCCGAAAGCCUCUACUAAAAGACAGCGCAACCACAGGUACACUCUUCGGUUAUCGUAAAGGCCGAGUAAGUCUAGCCAUACAAGAAGAUCCUCAUUGCGUCCCAAUGUUCGUUAUAGAAUUACCAAUUCACACUGCGUCGUUUCACAAAGAAAUGGCUUCAGAUAUAGUUCGAAUCGCGCUGGAAAGCGAAACCAGGACUCAUAAGAAGAAGGUGAUGGAGGAAUUUGUGUGGGCUGUGUAUUGUAAUGGAAGAAAAAUUGGAUACUCUAUAAGAAGGAAACAAAUGUCUGAUGAUGAGCUUCAUGUUAUGCAGCUCCUGAGAGGCGUUUCCAUGGGCGCCGGUGUUCUUCCGAGCCCUAAUGAGAAGGAGACAGCAGAUGGGGAAUUGACGUAUAUAAGAGCGAGAUUUGAUAGAGUGGUUGGUUCUAAGGAUUCUGAAGCUUUGUAUAUGAUUAAUCCUGAUGGUGUUGCAGGGCCUGAAUUAAGCAUUUUCUUAGUCAGGGGUCAAUAGAUCAUUUUAGGAUAAAUAUAUGUAUGUAUUUUUGACUUACCCAACAAACUUAUUGAAUUGCUUGUUUAUUGAUCAGAGAGGAUAAGAGUUGGUUUGGUUUUGAAAUUUGCUGUUUCUUGUUAAUAUCUUACUUUUCAGUGUUAAUCACUAAAUUUAACAAAA